AUGGGAGUGGAUUUGAGGCAAGUGGUGGCUGGUGUGCUGACUCUCACAAUGUUCGUCAUGCUUGGAAAUAUGAUCAAAAGAGACCACUUUGAUUCACUUCAAGAAAAACUUCCAGGAGGAACGGAGGAUACCAACUUUGAGAAUGCCAAGUUUGACGCUACUCAUGUAACAAAGAAUCUAGGGCUUUGGAAGGGAGAUGAGGAUGACCUAAAACCGUGUUGGAUUAAGCCAUCUGAAGUGGAUGUGGAGCAGACUGAAGGGUUUAUUAUUUUUGCAUUAACCAAUGGCCCGGAGUACCAUAUUUCUCAGAUAGCAGAUGCAGUGAUUGUUGCUAGAAAUCUGGGGGCAACACUUGUGAUACCUGACAUCAGAGGAAGCCAACCUGGUGACAAGUGGAACUUUGAGGAUAUUUAUGAUGUUGAUGUGUUCAUGAAAAGCAUGGAAGGGGUGGUCAGAGUGGUAAGGAAUCUUCCUGCUCAUAUAUCAACGCGGAAUAUUGCUGCUGUUAAAGUCCCGAAUCGGGUUACAGAAGACUACAUAGCUGAACAUGUUGAGCCAAUAUAUCGAAUGAAGGGAAGUAUACGGCUUGCAACUUACUUCCCUUCAAUAAACAUGAGAAAGGCAGGGGAAAAAGGUGACACUGAUUCUGUUGCAUGCUUAGCAAUGUUUGGAAGUUUAGAUUUGCAGCCAGAAAUGCAUGAACUGGUUGACUCAAUGGUUGAAAGACUAAGAACUUUAAGCAGAAAGUCAGAUGGUCAAUUUAUAGCUGUGGACUUGAGGGUCCAGAUGUUGGAUAAGAAGGGCUGCCAAGGUAAUGAUAAUGAUGGAGAGAAAAGCUGCUACAAUGCACAAGAGAUUGCAGUAUUUUUGAGGAAAAUUGGUUUUGAAAAGGAUACCACAGUUUAUCUGACUGAAUCAAGGUGGGAUAGUAGUAGCCUUGAUUCUCUAAAGGAUUUGUUCCCUAAAACUUAUACGAAGGAAACCAUCAUGCCCGCAGAUAAGAAAACAAAGUUCCUAGAUUCUCAAGAUUCUGAAUUUGAGAAAUUGAUUGACUUUUACAUAAGUUCUCAGAGUGACGUUUUCGUACCAGCAAUUUCAGGUCUGUUCUAUGCAAAUGUAGUCGGAAAGAGAAUUGGUUCUGGAAAAACCCAGAUACUGGUUCCAGCUGAUAUUUCUGGUUCAUCUGCUUCUGCCUCCAAUUUUCUGUCCCCUUAUGUCUCCAAGAAAAACCACUUUGCUUAUUCUUGUUACUGUUAG